UAAGGCAAACAUUUACCAUGUUCAUUAUUAUUAUUUUGUUUUGUUUGGAGACAAAUGAAAUUACAGGUAAACGAUUUCGGAGGUGGGGUUUUGCUGUGGAAAUUGCAGUUUAGAAAAUCGAAUUACAUGCACUCCACGUCGCCGUAGUAACUCCCACACCAACUAGGAGCAACGCGUCCUCCGUGCAUAGUUAUUUUAUGCGCCGUGGCAACCACCUGAAAGUCGCCGCAUAACUUUGCCUAUUUGCUUGUUGUUUUUUUGUCCGUCCAUCGCCUAGAAAAUAGAGUGUGUAGAAAUUCUUCAACGGCAGUUAGAGGCGGAUCGGGUUGGUAUCCAGAUUAAAUCCUUUUGGAAUGCCGACGAAUCUGCGUCCCACGACCAAUGGCAAUACUCUGGAGGAUUGGCAAGUGUUUGAGGUUUUGUGCGGCCUGGAAAAUGUCACAAAAAUCAGUUCUGGAAGUCUGAUGACCACAGUGCCGUCUUCCCAUCCAACUUACCACCAGUUGGACACAUCCUGUGGCAGUGCAGGAAUAACUGUGACCGAGCAUCAUCAUGGCCUGGAUAUGACCACCACUCUGCGCAGCGAACUGGCUGCAUUAUCCUACAAAAAGGAGAGGCUUACAGGAGAGCUCGCUGAAACCCGCACCGCCCUGUGCAGCAAGGAUGCCGACAUCGAGAACCUUCGGGCACAGGCUGCCAGGCAAACAGCGCUCAUUGGAUCCCUGCAGAGUCGCCUCCAGAAUGCCGAGAGCCGGGAGCAAUCGGUGCAGGCCAGAUGCGAUUCCACCAUCAGCACGGUGCAGCGGGAAAAGCGCAGCUCGGAUGAGCGCAACAAGGAGCUGAUAUGCAAGAUCCAGCAUCUGGAGACCCAUGUGGCCAGCGAGGAGUCCCAAAAGGAGCAGGCUAAGGCGCAGCUACACGAUCUCCUGCGCCGGCUGAGCAUUGGCUUGGGAAUGGAUGUGUGCGAUGGCAACCAGAAUUCACAUGUCACGCCCGAGUGCAUUGUGUCCCGGGCAGAGGAGGUGAUGGUGGAACUCCAGCGGGCCAAGGCCAAGGUCAGCUCCACCUGUGACACUCUCAGCUCCUGUGAGAAUGAGCUGCUCAAUUUGAAGUCUCUGGCCAAUAUUGAGAAGCAGCGCCUGACGGCCCAACUGGAUGGAGCCGGGAAUCACAAUCACGAGCUCGAAGGACGCUGCCGACAGUACGAGAGGGAUCUGCAGAUCCAGAGGGAUCGCCUGACCGAGUCCGAGAUAAAUGGGGAGAAGCUCAAAGAAGAGCUGAGGGGCUUCGAGUCAAGGUGUCAUCGUUUGCAGAAUAAUCUGGACAGGAUUCAGGGCGAUCGCCUGCAGUUCUUGCGGGGAUUGAGUAACCUCUUGAAUGUUCCAGAGCCCUGUGAGACGCUCAUCAAGGACAAGUUAAGGGAGACUUUAUCGGAGAAUCAGGCCAUGCAUGCGCAAAUGCACUCCCUUCGCGAUCAACUCAACACCGAGCAAGAGAAGCUAAAGGAGACCCAGCAGACCACCGAGUGUCGCCUUCGUUCCGGCGAGGCCCAGAAAUGUGAGCUCUCCGAUCGAUUGGAGAAAUGUCAUGCGGAGAUCCACACGUUGCGCAAAGAUCACAUGGGACUCUCGGAGUUCCUGCAGCGUUUGGCCAAUGCCAUGAACUGGAGCGAGUGCUCUGCCCCGCCAGCUCUUGGAACCGAUACCAAUUUGAUGGCAGAGAAUCUCCUUGAACGCGCCGAGCGACUCACCGCCCACUGUGAGCACGAGGUGGCCGCCGCCCACCAUCAUCAUCACCAUCACUCGCACACCCCCGAGAAGGGCUGCUGCGAUGGACAUGGUCAUGGCAAGCUGCGCCGGGAGAGAUCCUGCCAUGAUAUACCCCUGAAGGAGAGCAGCAGUCUGUACAAUCUGCAGCGAAGGGUUCGGGUUCUACGAGAGCAAGUGCAGCGCAGGGAUCUUCAUCUGGAGCUGCUGCGCCGCAAGUUGGCCAUUAUAGAGGACGGUGCCAGGGGCAAGUGCAUGUUGCAGGGGGAGCGGGAUGAUGCCGUCUGUCGAGCCAAAAAGGCGUCCAAGCAGGUGGACAAGCUGAGUGCCCAAUUGGCGGAUGCCCGAUCCCAGAUAGCAGAGGUCAAGGCCCAACUGGCCGAGGCUGUGGAGUACAAGAUCACUUCGCUGGAACGCGCCAGGAAGAUCGAUGAGUUGACCACGCAGAUAUGCGAUCUGGAGGAUGAGAAGACCCGGCUGCUGUCCCAAAUGAGUGCCCUAAAGGAGCGCUUGAAGUCGUCCUGCGAGUCCAAUCAGAAUCGUCGGUGUCGCGAUGAGGCCUUGAUCAAUUCCAUGCGCGACGAUGUCAAUCGCCUGAGUUCCCAGCUCUCGGAUGCCAAUCAGCGGCUCUCCCAUCUGCAAUCCUUCCGCACUUCGGUGGCCAGGACCUUGCAUCUUCGCGAUCUACCCGAGACCGAUCUACUGCACCGUCUCCAAGCCUUGUGCUCUGCCCAUCAGGAGUUUACUCUGCUCUCGAAACGCUAUGAAACCGCCUCGCCAGUGGGUGAUCAUCCAUGUCCGCGGUACGAUGAUCCCAUACCGCCUUCGAAUCACUGUCGUCCGCCCAGAGAGCUCAGUCCGCCAUCGUCCUUCCACCACAAGGCCUCGAUUCAUCAUCCACCACCGUCGGAGCAUCAUUAUAAUCACCAUGGAGGAUCCCAUGGUCAUGGAAGUAGUAGCCAUGGUGGACAUGGACAUGGUCAUGCAGCCCAUUCGCGGAGACAGCGCAGCAAGAGCAGGGAUAAGCGCCUCCACGACGAGUGCUUUGACUCGGAUGUCCAUCGCUUGCAUCACGGCUGCAAGGAGGAGCUACUGGCCACCGGUUCCGAGGAUGAUUAUGAAUUCAAAAGCAAAUACUGCUAG